UGGGGAAGAGGAAUAUGGAGGACGUGCAUCAUCAGUUUGGAGGAGACAAUCUAAAUAACUCGGGAAAAAAGGUACCUUCACAAGGUUUAGUAGCUUGUAUGCGACAAAUAAUUACUAAAAGUAUCUUUAUAAUCCAUCAGGUGUAAGAUUUGUCGUCAAUCAAUGUCAAAACACUUGCGUGCCCCGGUCGCUGCCAUGAUAGCGUGUCAUAAUAAUUCAACUUGAACCUUGGUUUUAUAAUUCAACUAAGUUUACCUCGCAUAGGUGGUAAUUACAGUCCUCGGGAGAAAAGCGAAGUGUGAUGAUUGUGGACUGAUGGAAAGUAAAGAUAACGUAAAGAAAUAAUUGGCUGAAAGAGUUACCAAAGUGCGCCCUUUACGUGACUGUAAUUACAUGGAAUUAAGGUUAUUAUGAUGAAUACUUGGAUGCAGUGUCAUGCUAUUUAAGCUUUAAAACUUACAAUGUAGAGCUUUGUAAGGAUAACAACUGCGAUACUCCAUGGAUCAGGGAAUCUGGUAGCCCUGUUAAGUUCAGAAUUAGCUGAUAAAAAGUGUCAGAAUUUAUACUGGAUUGAUGGAAAAGUUUGGUGAGGAUGAGGUGAUUGAAGAACCCUGUUAAAAAUCCUCCUGUACGUUUAUUAAAUUUGAAUAAUUACAGGUGAGAACUAUUACAAGGAGUACAAGUGAGUACAAGUGCCGGCAUAAGAACUGGAAAAUGUUUUUGAUAGAAGAGAUCUACUGAUGUUGUAUGAUGAAAUAACAAGCAUGCUGAGAAAAAUUGCUUGUAGAGACUUCAGUCAUUCAGAAAAUCAAAAUUUGUUUUAGCUGAUGAGUCAAAGUAUCGGUGUUUUGUUACAUUUCUUGAUGGUUGUUCUGUUAACAGCCAUCAGUGCAGACUGGAAAUAAUUCUCACCUUCUCUAACUCUUUUCAUUUUAAGUAUUUUUACUAUUAAUUUUGGAGGUUAAAAUGCUUCAAAACACAUCCACAGAUACACCAAAGCCUGGGAAAUCUGGAUUUCAAGAGAUAAGGAUGAUCGAAUGGGGCAAAAAUGAUAACCCCAAAAACUCCCUAGAGCUUCCCACAAACCCCAAACCGCUGGACCAAAAACUAAACCGUCAAAAAAUUUCCAAGCCUUAAAAAUUUACAGAAAGAAGUAAAUGAUGUUACACAAAAAAUUUGAUUGUACUUUAUUUGCAAAACUAUGCAGUUGGGAGAUGGAUAUCAGCAGGAGCCCAUCAAAUGGAGCCUCCAUCUCCAUUAAUUUCUUGAGUCAACCCUUUCCCGAGUAGAUUUAUAAAUAGAACGGCUUGUUUCCCGCGAAAAGUGUCAUAUUUCCGUGAGUCUCGUAUGUCACUGUGAAAAAAAUGAAGUUGGAUGAAGUCGAACUCAGAAGCCCGUCCUUCGACCGUUUUCCUUUUUUACUAUUCGUCCAUUUUUACAGUUUUACAGCCGCUGGGAUCUGGGAUGAAAUAAAAGUUAAUGAAUUACCCGACUGAGACUGAGCAUGAAGCGAUGGGACAAAGGCAGCGAACUGAGGAUCACGGAAAGGUUCUUUGCGAGUGUUUGUUUUUGUUUUUUUUUUUUGCCUUCAUACAUCCCACAUUUAAGCAUGCACCUUGAAAAGAGUCGACGAUUAAGCGUUCUGUGGACGAUUUGAAACUUUUCGAUGAUCAGUGCCGAAAAAGUGCCGGGAUCAUUUAUUUUUGUCAUCGCCGUGUAGUGGAUUUCGCCAGUUAAGCACCGUGUGCAAAAGCGAUGACCCAAGUAGCAACUAAGGAGGAAUGCUUCAGAAAAAUUGCAGUCUUCCUUUACAACUGACUAGUAUCACCAUGAGAGUUGCCUGAUAAAACUGGCACUUGAAAAGUUGAACAGAAGACAACAGUUGCUCGACCGUGAUGAAGCUAACUCAAAAGUAAUUUGCUAACGGUGGAAUUUGUGACAUCGCGUUCCAGUCCAAAGACCCUCUUAUCUCAAGAAAAACAAAAUGGAUUGUAUCUGCGCCCAAAGAAUUAUGACUGACCAACAGGAGAAUUCUCAGCAAUUAAUGUAGAAGUUUAGGCCAAUUCUUUCCUUCGAAUUUGCAUCUGUAGAUCACUUUUUUGCGAGAAAACAAUGGCUGGGCUCGGCGUUACAAAACAUAGCAGGGAAUCAUCACACUAACUGACGGACAAAACAACCACAGUAUUUAUUCCGACAAACGCAUUUCGGAUAAAAACUUGAAAAACUAGAAAUUUGAUUAAUAUUCAGUCAUUUAGCCGAAAUAAGAACCUUAACGCUCAAAAAAAUUGGCUAAAGAAAACUAAUCCUGUCAGAACUACAGACUGCAGGUAGUAGUUAAUCCUUACGCAUGUAACAGACCAGCUUAAUGUGAGACAAGCUGAAGCAACCAAAAUUAGGAUUAACAUAGUCAGAGUUUAAAACUCUCCACAGUAUAAUCUACCCGCUAGAAAGAAAAGAAAGAAAACCUCUGAGGGAUGAAAACGCUAAAGUCACGUUUCACUAGCUUAUGAUUUUGUUUGGCCUGUCAGCACCGGAUUUCCUGCUGUUUCAUCAAGUACAAUAGCAGUGUCAUUUAGUCGUUGUGAUUGGCUCUUCCCACCGUCGGUGCGCGAAGUCUCCCCUGGGAACCGUUCUAAUUAUAAAUCUACUCGGGAAAGGGUUGACUCCAAGGGCUUGUAUGGGAGAUGGAGGCUCCAUUUGAUAGGCUCCUGUAUCAGAUUGUUUUGAAUACCCCAAAAAAUCCCUUCUUGAAUCAAGCCACCCCAAAAAAAUACUUGCCAAAUGUUCCUACCCAAAAAAAUCCCGGAAUAAAAAAUUACAAACCCAAAAAAUCCUUCGACCAUCCCUGUCUCUUGAAAUCCAGAGAACCCUCCCUGGGCAGCUACAUCAAACUGCACAUUCACUUCCACCAUUUGAAAUCUGCUAUAUGAAACAAAAUUUAUGCUGGCCCUCGGUUAGGGCAGACAAUGAUCUGAAUGGUGGAAAUUGACAAUAGCAAACCAUGCGUCUAGGCAUCUUUUUCAGGGAAAGGACGUGAGCUCAUUUCCCAAAUAGUGGCUGAUAAUUGAGCCUAGCAUAACCUCUGUUCACGCAGCUUUGCUGUUUCAUGGUCAAACUUGCAGGACUCUGAUAUGAUGAGCAAACCAUACCCAACACAACCAGACCUUCCUCAUAGUCAGUACAAUCCAACACCAUAUCAACAGCCUGAUUACAGCCAGUUUGAUCUGGUGAGAGCCACGCAGUAUGGCAUCUUUGACAGGUGCCGUGAAUUGAUUGAGAAAGAGGGUGUUGAUGUCAAUACGCUGGACAAGGAAAAUGUUUCAGCUCUACAUUGGGCAGCAAUCAACAACAGAAUAAGGAUAGCUGAGUAAGCACUUAUCUUAAGCUGGUGUUUAUGUAAACAUCCUCUCAACUUGUUCCUUGUCUGUUAGUUUUUCUCAUUUCAUAAAAAAAAAUUGUCACUAUUGAAAGAAAUUUCAAUCAGACAGGGACAGGCAUUGUUUUCUUUUUUUUGUUGUUUAUACAUGAUAUAUACUGGUUUCCAAACAAUAAUCAUGCACUCACUGUUGAGCUUAUAGGUGAACAACUUUUUCACUUCUUAUGUUCUUAGAUAGCACCUCUCCUGGAGAUGUUGUUCGCAAUAAGAACUAGUUGAACGGUCCAACAAUAACCUGUGUUUUGAUCAACAAAAUUUCACUAUACUGGUUAAUAAUUUGGUAGUCCUAGAUUGAAAUCAACAAAUCUAGAUUGAAAUCCAUCUAACUGUAUUUUUUCACUUCUUAGAAACCAACAACAAUGAUGAUGAUAAUAAUGAUUAAUAAUAAAUACUUAUUCUCUCCCCUUUGAGGGGUUUUGUAUGAAUAAGUUGACCUUUUACAUUACCAACUAAAGAACAAAUCCAGCUCCGGUCAGAGGGAACUCGAACCCAGGAUGCUCCCUCUGGGCCCUGCAUCCUGUACCUAAAACUCUGCAUUUAUUGACAGACCUACUUCUACUUCUUCUUCCCUUCAGAUACUUUGUGUCAAAAGGUGCUACUAUAGAUCAGAAGGGAGGCAUAUUAAAUGCCACACCAUUACACUGGGCUGUUAGGUAAGAAUCUAGUUACCUGACAACAUUUUAUAUAUGUUGAUAAUGUUGUUCCACUUUGUAGUGCCGUGAUUCAGUUAACCCAUUAAGCUCCAAUAUCCACAUACCAAUUUUCCAGUCUGAUCUCCAUAUUUUUCCCAACAGAAUUAGUUGAGAUGACCAAAUAAUUUCCCCUUUGGUGAUCACUUGAUUCUCAUAAUCUUUUCCCUUGAUUUGUAUUGAUAUUGUCAUGAGAAAUUGAUGUUGGUCAUUCUUGGGACAAAAAAGGCUAAAAACCAAUUUGGUCAUAGUAUUUUCUGACAUUUAUGUGGGCUUGGUUAAUGUUCUUUACCAACUAAUUCUUUCUAUUAAUUUUCAGGCAAGGUCAUCUUGAAAUGGUCGUGUACCUGAUGAAGCAGGGUGCAGAUCCUGCUUCACUUGAUAUUGAAGGUAGUGUCACUUUGGAACUCUCCUUAAAGAAGUGUAUUGCAGUGUGAACACUAAAACUAGGACACAUGGAAGAAGAUUGUCUAAUCACGAUGUUUUCUGAAAACAAAAGAUUCUCAAGUUUUUUUUCAAACAGACCAAUAAAAUUCAAGGUUCAACUAAGCAACCAUUGAGGACGGUUUGAACUUACCUGAUCUCUCAGGAAACAGCACUCAAAUAAUGAAUGUUGUUGGUCCUUUUGCACAAAAAAGCUUGUUAAUGUUUUGUUAUCAGAAAAUGUUGUGAUUCGACAAUCUUUUUUUUAAGUGUCAGCACCGUAAAAGUACUAAGAUAUCUUUAGUUAAUAUUUUGUUGCUGAAUACAUUUUGAUAAACCUCUCCUAAAUAAUCCUGAAUGUUAUUUAAAUAGUAAUAACAAUUUUAAAAAUAAAUCAUAAUCAGUACUUAUUAUUGUUGUUCAUGAUGGAUGGGGCAGGAGAUUUUUUUUUCUAGUCACCAAUUUGGAGAGUAAUUUCUAGAAAUUGUUCCCCAAAGUAGAAAUUUUAGCUCGUUGCCAAAUUUAUCAGGCACUGUUUCAUGUGCUUCAACAGUCUGUCAUCUACACCAGGAAAGUUUAAAACUCUGGCUUUGUUUUCUGUUAACUUCCUUUACGUACCUACUUUUCACCCUGUUCCUCAUUUGGCAGGGUUGUCACUAAGAUUUCAAGUUGCCGGGUAAAUACAACAAGUAGGCGGGGAAUCAAAUGGCUAGGGAUUUCUUUUGGUUCUGUUUUUCUUCUAUUUUCCAAUAAAAGUAGCCGGGGGCCACUCUCUUAGUAGCCAGGGAAAAUCCCCGGCCCCUGGCUCUUAAUGACAACCCUGUUUGGGGAGAAGGGAUUGACAAAGAUGAUGACUUAAAAAGGAACAACUGUCCCAUUAUACAGGCAAAUUUGUUAAAGUAAUAAUUCACAAAUUACUUUGUAAUAUCUCAUUCAAUUAUUCAAUUGCCUUAAUAGGUUGCAGUUGUUUGCAUGUUGCUGUUCAACAUAGUCAGAUGGGAGUAGUUGCAUAUUUAAUUUCAAAAGGAAUGGUAUGUAUUCCCUUAGUGAAAUACUGUAGGUUUAACAGUGUUUUUCUUGAGCAAAUGGGUCAAAGUAGUAAAGGCACAGUGUAUAUGUACAACCCUGGUCAAAACAUCUUGGAACACUUGAGGAAUUUAGGUACAAAGACACACUUUGCUAAAUUAACUCAUAUUCUGCCUCUUAAAAAAGCUUUGGGAUGUUGUUAUAAGAGGCUAUUUCUGCUGUCCCCCUCUCCCCCAAGCAGUGUUGAUUGUGUUGAAUUAAAACUUGAAUGCAUAACUUCAACAUUGCACCGAGGGGGGAGGGAAGAUGCCUCAAUUUGACAAGCUAUUGCGUUAGUGUCCCAAGAGUUUUGACCAGGGUUGUAGUUGUGGGGUAUUGAACACAAUACAAACUGUGAAGAUGUCUUAACCAUAUAUUUGUGUGUUGGUGGAACAAUAUGAGACAACAGUUUUGGUUUGUUGCAGGAUGUUGAUCAGCUUGACAGAAAUGGCAUGUCGCCACUAAUGUGGGCAGCUUACAGAUGUUUUGGGUGAGUAGAGCACUGUCGAACCUCUCUGUGUGACCACCUCUCAUUAGCAACCAGCUAUCCAAACACCAAAAUUUUUUCCAGUCAAAGCCCUAUAGUUAGAAGCUCUCUUAACCCUUUAAGCCCCAAUAUCUACAUACAAAUUCUCAAGACUGAUCUCCAUACAUAUCCUUUAAAAAUUAGUUGAGAGAAUUUGAUAAAAGAUCAAAGAUUGAUCUCUUUGUGAUCAAUUUAUUGAUUCUCAUAGUCUUUGCUCUUGACAAUCUAUGGAUAUCGUUAGGCAAAAAUAUUAUUGAUGUUGGUCACUAUUGGGACUUAAAGGGUUAAGUGACUGCAACCAUAUAGGGCUGACGGUUUUAUAAUUUUCCAUUGUUUUAACCUCUUAUAAGCAGCCACUUGACUCAUGGCCUUAUCUGUUUGAUCACUGGGUGUACUACACUACUCAUGAUCAGAGUAUGUCAAGAACCUUUAGUGAGAACAUGGAACUAUACAUAUCGCAACUUAGAAAUUGCAUGCAAUUACUCUUUCUUUUGGGAUCUCCUCUUGAAAGGGAACCCCUAUGGACCUAUACUCGGAAACGACCACUAACUCUUCACAUUUUGGUGGUUACUACAGGAGCCUCAACUGUUUAAUUGAUUUAUACUACUGCAUGAGAAAUUUCUGCAAUUUGAUUUGCUCAGAGCAGUCGUGUUUCAGCUAAAUUUGAAAUACCUACAUGUGAAAAUUACAAACCUUUUGCGGGUAGUAGUAUAAACAAAUAAUAGCAUGAUUUGUAUGUGAUAUUUGGCAUGAAUACGACUUGUGAUGUUUCAAAAUUGUGUCAAAUUGCACUCGCCUAACUACACGUGAAAUUGCGUGUAACAAUUCCGAAAUAUCACUCAUGGUAUUUAUGCCUAAUAUUACGGCUUCUUAGUGCUCAGCAAUCAGUACAAUGUUGUCAACAGUGAAAUCUCUAGACUAUAAGUUUGUCAUAACAUGCAAGUACUUAACCACGUAGACAUACAUGUACAGCAGAGUCAAGGAUGAUAGGCCAGUAAAACUACUAAUCAAACACUAAUUAAUCAAUAUCAUUGCUUUGAAAGAAGCUGAGGAGAGAAAAAAAAUUGAUCUAAAUUUACACAAACAGAUCAUUUACAGUUUUAGAAUAAUCCUUUUGUUGCUUUUUUUCCAACUAUUUUAGGUUGGAGUUGACAAGAAUGCUCCUAACCAUGAAUGCUUCAGUUCCCCUGGCAGACAAAUUUCACAAAAAUACUGGUAAGACUCUCAUUAAAAUUUUUUAGUCUAGGUUGACACUCAGUUUCCUUUGUCUCCUGGGGCGAGGAAACUAAAGAAAUUGAAAUCAACCUAGGUUAAAUCAUAAUUAACCUGAAAUCAAGUUUUACAUGUAACAAUAGUGAGUUUAUGCAACACGAUGUUAGAUGGAAGAGGACAGCAAAGCGUUUGUGUAACAAAUGUGACAGGGCUAUUACAUGCAUGUUUUGUCCUGCUCUUCACUUAACAUUACUGUGUUCUUGUUUUAUACAAAAGUUUUGUGUAAAGGAAGGUGAAGUUUGGUGGAAAUUUAUUUUGUUUUUCAAACAUAAUUACUGUCACACAAGGUUUUGCUGUAUUCUUUCCUCUGCUAUACUUUUGUGUAAGUUCACUAUUACAGGAUUGGUGCCUCUGCACCAAUUUGCCCAUAAAUUAUGGCAUUUUUAAGGCUGUUUGUGGGUUUUUUGUCCAUUGACAGCUUUGCACUGGGCAGUGAUGUCAAAUAAUCAUAAUGUCAUUAGAGCACUUUUAAGGGCUGGUGCCAGCAUGGAUGCGUUAAAUGCCGAGGUAUGGAAUCUUUUCACUCUUUUAUCAUUAUUGUCAGUUUACUAGUCUAAGUGUAGUAAAAGUGUGGGUCAUGUUUUUUGCCACAAGAAGCGUAAAAGAGGUUUAUUUUAUUUUCUCACAAAGAUCACCGUCCUUGAAUAAGUGGCACUCUUAGGAACCAAAAUUCCCUGUAUAAAUACCACAUUAUCCAUGCAGCAAUGCGACAAUUGUUGAUUUUUGACUUGGUUAAUGCUGAACUGUUAAUAUGGCUGAUAUUGUAAUGACGAUACUGUUAUUUAACAAUUCAUGAAUGAGGCUGAGCAUCUUAUGAAGAAUUGUGAAGAAUAGGGAAAGUAUUUUGAAUGAAUGAUAAGGUCAUUUAUUUGGAUCUGGAAAGGGACACCACCUUUAGAACUAACUUGUAUUACAUUCAAAACAUGGAAGAGGAAAGAAAUAUCUUUUCCUUAGUAUCAGAGUGAUAUGGGAAGUUUCUAAUAAGCCCCCAAAUAGGCCUCGCUUACAAAUUAGUGAUCUUGUUCAAAAUGUGUUUAUUUCAAUGCUUUGAUAUCAACUUUUCAUCUGUUAAUAGGGUCAGUCACCUUAUGAUCUGGCAAAACAAAAGAAAAGCAAAUGGAUUUUGAUGCAAAUGGACUUAAUGGCAAUGGAUAAAGGGAAAGGAAAACCAGUAUUUUUACAAGCAUUGACAAGAGAUAAGGUAGGACUUUAUAAAAUGGGGGGUGGGGGAGGUGGCUUUGGUAAGCUGUAAGGAAGAUUUUGGGGGUAUGAGGAGUUUUGGCAUUUUUCGUGAGAAUAGUAUGCCAAGAUGAUUGAGUGCUGUCAUAAUAUUGGAAGUGGUUACAUCAAAUAUGGAAACAACUCUAGGAGGUGCACUGCCCUGGGGAGCAGCAGGGCUGAUACUCCCCUUUAUAUAUAACAAGGAUCUGUGUUAGGAAAUUUCAAAAAUACCCCUAAAAUUAAUGCAACCAGGAGUUCUUUUUGAUUGGUGGGCCUGGCUUAAAAUUUGUUUUAACUGCUAAGAGGUACCAGUUCUAGAUCAACCAAUGAACUGGCCCUGACAGUAGGUUUUAAAGUCAAGUAAUUGAAUUUAAGGACAUAAUGUUGGUGGAGCUGAAAAAUGAAGGGUUUUGUUUUAUAUAUUAUAAAUCAAAACCCCUCAUUUUUCAGCUCAAUAUCCCACAAGGUCCCAAGCAACUCUAGAUUUUAAGCCCUAAAAGGGAUUACAUUAUUUUACUCCCACCAUUUUUUUAAUGGUCAUUCCCCAAUCCAGGGCCGAGGUGUUCAAAGGUGGGUUAAGUUAACCCAGGGUUAGUGUGAAAUUUGAACUCGGAUAUAAGAGCUUAAAAAACAAAUUCAGCUUAAUUCUCUUUGCCUACAAUUUGAUUAUUGGAUACUCUAAAAAAUGUAUAGAAAAUUAUCCGGAAGAGUGCUUUUGACGAAAAGAAAAAGAAGCCCAGGUUAAAAUGUAACGUUGAAUUAGUGCUAACUGGCAUUUAAACAACUGGGCCUAGGUGCACUGUUGCCAUGGUUUCAUAUUGAACUUCACAAUUGGAGGUCCAACAUUUUCUCUCAAUCUUUGCCCCAGGUAUAUAAGACAGGAAACUCCCCAAUUUUUACUCUGUCCUUACUUAGCUGUUUAUAUUACCGUAUUUUCAUGCUACAGAAACCUGGUAGCUUUGGCUGCGGCAGCCCACUGGGGUCAUACAGUGCUAAUUUUUGGCUUUCCUUUUAGGUUGCUCAGCGUUAUGUUCAGAUAGGGCUGCCUUUCUUUGUACUAUUUGGUGUUGGAGCAAUCUUGGAAUUUUCAUCUUCUUGGGUUAUGUCACUACCUCUUCUAUGUGCCCUAGGAAUAAUAACUCAUUAUGGACUAAAGUAAGUAGUUAUUAAAAUAAUGUAACAACAUAGUAUUUAUUCUAUUUAGAAUAAGAAAGAGUUUUGAAUUCAAAGGGGAAAAGUAUGUUAAAAGAAUAAUGUUGGAAAAUGAAACAGUUAAUUUCAGGCCAAUCAUGUAAUGCGCAUCAUCGCCUCAGUGUAAACUAACAUCAGUUUUGGUGUAGGCAAUGUUUGCUCUGAUCUCCAAAACAUUUCUGCCAAAAUGCAUCAAGUUUUGAAAGCUCUGCAAUACUAUGAUGACAAAUCACACUAAAACUGCAGCUAGUUUUAAAUACACUUACAAUUUGUAUUGCAGGUUUGUGUAACUAAAAAAAAUUGUACAAAUAGGUCUUAACUGGUCUAUUCAUUUGUAUGCAUUUAAGAAAAUUUGCCCAAAAGUUUUUCUUGGUAACCAGCAACGUAGGUUUAAGAAUAAAUUUUAUUCUUAAACCGACAUUGCUGGUUACCAACUAAAACUUUUGGGCAAAUUUUCUUUUGUUGUCCUAGGUAGAACUCUUGAUGUUUUAACUCUUCCAUUGUUGCUGUUUACUCACAGAUUGUUCAUGUUAAACUUUUAUGAUAACAAUACUGCUGUCUUUGGCUGGACCCUUGCCACCAAAGCUUACCUUUACCACAACAUUUUCACUGUUCAUUUACAUUAUAUCCUUUCCAAUGUUACUGUUUUUUUGAAUUUUUUGAUCUGACUGGUAACUUCUUAAACUUAUAAUUAAUAAAUUAUUUAUGCAUGUUUGCAGAUUAUUUCAAGGGGGCCAGCCCUCAAGCCUUAUUCCCUUAGGUGUAUAUUUAGCUACUAAAGUCUACAAAUAUUCAACUUGGUUUCUCUUUUUCUGGCCCUAUAUCCUUUAAGAAUUUAUUGAAUGGAUAAUCAUAAUUCAUGAUGUAGAUAAUUUUUUAAAUCUCUUUAUGCAAGAUUAAAUAUCAGAUAUCUGCACACAAGCACCUGACCGGUUAAUUAAACACCAGUUACUGUUCUUUUAACCAACACUAGCAAACACCUUCCACGAGAAAAAAGAGAAAGAGAAAAAAUUGAUCUUAAACUUUAAAAAUCCCUACUAACAUCGUAUUGUUUCAAUAUGUUUUCAUUUGAGGUGAUAUUUUAAUCAAGUGUGAGUAAGGGAAUGUCUCAGUUCUAACUCAUUUAUUAAUAAUUAAAUAAUCAAUUAGAUAAUCACCCUAAAAAAUUUAAUAUACCGGUAACAUGUCUCUGGACCAUAAACACUGAAUGGAAAUUAAUCCGUUUUCCACACUUAAUGCAAUAUAAUGUUAUGUACAAGCUUUCUUUUAACUGUAAAACUCUGAAACAUUUUACACCAGCUUACACAGGUUACCAGUUUUUGUGGGUUGCUAUGUUUGAUAAUAAUCAUGAUUUAAAUAUCUGCGUCGGCCCCAAUGCACAAGAUAUGCCACAAAAACUAAUCUCACCAUCAGUUUGACUUUCUCAUUUUACUGCUGCACAUGAUGUACAUCUGUAGGGUCAUUCAACAAUUUUUCUCUGCCUUUUCUUUUUACUUAACUCUCUAUCUUUAUUUGCUGUUGUAUUAUGCUGUUUUGUUUAUUGUUUUUUUUUUUCAUGAUAACUGUUGUUUAACAAGUUACUGGUAAUUUCCUUAACCACUUCCCACAUGUAAAUACUCCAAUCAUCUUAGCAUCUUUCUUUAUAACCACUGUUGGCCUGUACUACUGUUUUUACAAGUCAUGGAAAGUAGAUCCUGGGUACCUUCACACAACAUCAGCUGAAAAACACAAGGUAAGACAUCUUUUGGUAUUCAACACAAUACACUGGUAUCCUGAGUUUAAAAAAAGGUGCUAUUGUAGCCGUAGUUCAAAACAGUGUCAUAUUCUGGUCAUUCUCGUAAGUAUAGUUGGAUUUUACCAAAAUUUGGUAAAAUCCAACUAAGAGUCAUUUAUUUUAAUGAGGUACAAUAAUUUAUUUUUACUCCUAGUCUAAAUGCAUAGUAUAGUAAUAACUACUAUAAUAUAUAAUAAUUAAUAAUCAAUUAUUGAUUAUUGUAGUAUUAUUGGUAAAACUAUUAUUUUCUUGUAUCCUAUGGUCAAGUACUGAUUUACAAGGCAAGCCAAGAAAGGAUUGCUUCCCUGCUACUUUAUGGGUUGGGGCCAGGUUUUUCAAAGCUAGGGUUAAGAUAACUCAGGGUUAGUGCGAAAUUUGAUGUCAGAUAAUAUUAUUGUGAAAGCUUAAAAAGCAAAUUCAGUUCAAUCCUUCUUGUAUACAAUUAAUUUGAUGAUUGGGUGCUCUAAAGAGAAGAGCAGAGGAAAUUAUCCAAGAAAGUGCUGUUGAACAAAAGAAAAAGAAACUGUGAUUAAAAUUUGACCCCGGGUUUGCACUAAUCUGCCUUUGAAUAACUGGGCCCUGGUUAUUUCCAUACAAUUAAUGUUCUUUUAUUAUCUUAAAAAUGUAAUGAGGAUUCUCUAAUUAUUAAAAUUAUUUUGUGCCUGUUCAUUAAAAGUUGUUAUUUGCUUCAAUCUGUAACCACUUCAGUCGUCUACAAUGUAACUGUUCUGCUGUAUUUUCUCCCUGCAGACCAUUAUAGAACUUGUUGAAAAGAAUUCAUUUAACUUCAAUAAGUUUUGUUCAACUUGUCUUGUAAGUACAUGAUCUUUUUAAGAAAACCAUACUCCUUUGUUUUUUGUUGUUGUUGUUCGAAGGUUGCUUGUUGUUUUAUAGUUUCUUCAGUAUGAUAAUAAAUUUCUCCCACAGCUACUGAAACCCAUCAGGUCAAAGCAUUGUUCUGUUUGUGAUCGAUGUGUAGCCAAGUUUGAUCACCAUUGUCCAUGGGUAGAGAAUUGUGUAGGUGGGUAACAGUUUGUUUUUGCACCCUCAAAAUUAUUUCUAUUGCAUCUUUUGCCGGGAUGAUGUGAAUGAAGUGAUCACCAGGUGAUGUAACAUGAUAGGUUGAUGACACACUGAAGAAUACUGGUGUCUUACCAUAGUAGCUAACCAACAAGAAAUGCUGCCUGCACGACAGGUUUUGAAGGGGGGGGGGGGGAUGGGGAAGAGGAAAUUAAGGUGAACAAGAAAGAAGGCAAGGGAGGUUUGGUAGUAUGCCUAUGGUUGACAAUCCCAUUUUUUGCAGUUAAGAUCGGAUCAUAUACCUUCAAUCCUCUAUUAAGCCCCUGGGGGGGGUUCUUUAAUUUAGCAAAGACAAUGGUAUCAAUUCUCCAUAAAGAGCUAGAAUACAUUUAUUGGAAAAUCUCAACUAUAAGAAGUUGGAGGUCAUGCAGCCGAGGAUCAAAAACAAAUCUUAACUUCCAGUUGGUGAAUAAACCAUCCUGGAUCAGUCCACACAAAGUUUAUAGUCGUGAUUGAUUAAUACAGUCUAUCAUUUAUGAGUGAAGAAUAAUUAGGGGAGGGGAGGGGAGGGGGGCAUAAAAGAGAGGGGGAACUUAUUAACUUUCUUCCCCUGAAAAGGGGGGCUUAAUAGAGGAUUUACGGUACAUCAUUUAAAACAAUGGCAUCUUUGGACGAGUUCUCUUCCUUUUCUCUCACGCAGGUGCCCCUCAUAAACUCGCGUGCUGCCCCUUCCCUUGCAUUGCCCUUCGACGACAUCCCAUGCAGGCUAAUCAACAAUAUUUUCUACAAGAAGACUCUUGGCCAAAGGGCAUAAAUUUGUUUGUUUGUUUUUUUCAAGUAGGUCUUCUUUGAAUUUGUCUUAUUGGGCAAAAUGUGAAUGAUUGUUCCGACUAAGUUCAGAUGAUCUGAAGAGAAGUCACUCACUCGAACGUCUGCGUAGUGGGGGGAGUUAAUUUAUUUUUCUAUUUUGUUGUUGUCACAGGUGUCGGAAAUCACGUGUACUUCUUUUGGUACUUGUUUUUCCUGUUUCUUAUGAUUCUCUGGUACAUCUAUGGCGGAACAGUCUGUAAGUCAAGGCUUCUUUACUUUUCAAACGUUAACUUGUUUAUUUAGUAUUGAUAUUGACCUUAUAUUUGCUUGCCCUUGGAAUCCCUGAUCAUUUGCCAUUUUAGAAAUGAAAAGGGAAAUGCAGCCGAGAUGUGUCCUGCAAUUUUUCCUACGAUCGUUACUGGGGACGCGCCGGUCAGCUGUUGACCUACCGUAAAAUUCCGAAAAUAAGGACCUCCAUGUAUAGGCCCCUCCAAAUAUAAGCCCCCCAAACUCGUAACGCAAAAAACCCUCCAUUAAAUCGUCCCUCCAAAUAAAAGCUCCCCGGGGGCUUGUACUUGGAAAUUGCCCUCAAAUUCUAAGGAAAACAAAGCAAAACGGUAAAUUGCCUUCCAACUAUAAGGCUAGCCCAAUUUUUUUUGAAACGCAAAUUUCCCUCCGUAGAUAAGCCCCUCCGAAUAUAAGCCCCUCAAAAAGGGCCUUUGAAAAUAUAAGCCCUGGAGGUUAUUUUCGGAAUUUUACGGUAUUUUUUUUCCUGUCCCUAUUAACAAUCCCAGAAGUCUUUGCAAAAGUUAACUGGACCCAGUCUCCUUCUCUCUUUUUUAAAGUGGCGACUGGGCUGUGAGCAAGCUUUCUACUGAGACACUCAUCUCUCACGCCUCGUUUCACCGAUAUCGGGUCGUUUCGCCUAAAGGUCUAUUCGCCCCAUGCUAGUUCGCCCAGACUAAGUCGAUUCGCCCGAUAUGUAUUUGUCGUUUUUUAAGCUUGAGAAAAAGGAAUAAGCAUGGCGAGACAGUGACUGCACACGUGGAAUCCAUGGUUAACCAAAAGAACAUCUCGAAGUAGUAGGUUCACCAUGUUGUAGAGUGUUGUAUGUCAUCUGGCGAAUCGACUUAAGUCCUAGCAAACGCCUUCGUGCAAAUCGGCUUUCUGGCGAAACGACCGCAGUUCGUUUCACUAGCCUCUUAGGUGUGAUCCCUCACUUCUUUCUUUACAACAAGAAGCAAAAAAACCUUCAUGUACUUGUGUCACAGCAUUUUCAUAGACCCCUUUAUAUGGCACGAAUUAUGAAUAUCAUAUAAGUCUUACAAACCAGUCAGCAAAACGCGCAGACCUGAAAAUGGUAUUUGUGAAUUUCUAAUGACAUUUAGUUUUCAUUUUUCAUAUCUGAUACUUCGAGUUCCUGAAGGAGCAGAGCUCCCAUUUAUUACUUCCCAUAUUUUGAAUAUACACAUCUCAUGGCUUUAAAAAUGACAAGACAACUGCCUGUCUUAGCUAUAUAUAUUCGUAUCAAAAAGACCGACCAGAUACAGCAGUUAAAGGGGAUGCGUUGCUUUCUAGUAGGUAUGUGAAAGAGGAAUCAUUUGUCAUUGGAAGGUGUGGGAAAGGGUUCGUUUCUGGUCGUAAAUGGUUUGAAAAAGGCUACGGGGUUGGACCUUGUGGCGGAGCCACCCCAUGCAGAUAAAACGUUGUUGAGUACCACAUUCCCCCGGACUACCAGUUAACCAGUUCGUGAAAACACGGUGCAUAACCUUAUAGAUCGUUUUCACAUGACGUCACGGCGGCCAUAUUUGCGUACAAAACAAUGGAUCGGCGGCCAUGUUUGUGUACAAAAAAAAUCCUGUGGGAAUUGAACUCUUUUCACAUGUUAAAACUUUCUUUUAUUCCAAGCAAUUUGCAAAGCUGCUGACCACGCGAGUGAAAACGACCUAUCGUGGGAGUCGCUCGCUUUAGGUUUUUGGCUCGUGUUAAUGUCUAGCCUUCCGUGAGGAGAAUUAAAGUGAUGUCUUAGGCCCUCCCUCGUAACCUUCUAAACUACUAACUUAUGUUAAUAUUUGUGUCAGAUUAUGUUAAAGCGUGCGGUCCCUACCAUGAAGGAGUGUGGAAUGCUGUUACUCAAAGUGUCUAUUGUGCACCUUGGGUAUCCUGGGGUUAUCUCAACGCCCUGUUUCAUGUGAUGUGGGUCGGUGCCCUCCUUUUCAGUCAAUGUUAUCAGGUAGGAAAUUCUCUGUGCUGUCACCUGCGCACUCUUUUGUGCUAUUCAGAGGAGCUCAUAUGCUAUCCAUGUUGUUGUUAGGAGUUAGCUUGUUCCAGACUCCAAGAGAGCAGUUCAUUCGCACAGUAAAAAGUGGUGCGAAAAAUGCGCGGGAGCUGGGGAGACAGUAGGCGGUGCUAUUUUUUCCCGCCACCGCCCCCUUCCCCAGAUCGCGCGCGUAUUAUUUUCAUUUGGCUGUUUUAUUUUCACGACGUCCCACUUUUUAGAGCCUGGCACAGGCUAGUUAGGAGGAGGCACCGUGGCCGAGUGGUUAGAGCGUGGGAAUUGCAAUCCGGAGUCCCCGAGUUCAAGUCCCGCCCUGACCGCUAACUGGAUUUGUUCACGGUUGUCUCGAGUUCAACUCCUCGGCUACGCUUGUAAAUAACCAACUGGUUUGCCUCCGGCCAGUUGGUUUUUUUGCCCUACUUAUGUUGAUUUCAGUUAUUUGUUUUUGUCCUUAUUUUUGGGCCACAAUGUAAACUGUUGGUUUAGGCCCAGUUCAAACGUCGAACUUAAAAUACCUAUUUGGGUCGACCCAACUGAUAUAAGCUUGACGGUUGAUUCAGACCCCGAACUUGAUUCAUCUAUCUUAAUUUAUUUUUACUAUGUAAAAUGGUCUACAGUGUUUUACUUUAUCAGUGAAAACAAAUAACAGUAAUUCAUGCAUUAGGUUCGGCACUUGAAAAGUUCGACGGUUGAAACCAAGUCGCUCCUCAGUCGAAAUUCCCAUGAGGGCCACUCGAUUUUAAUCUAUGGGUCGACCCAAAUGAGAUAUUUUUCACUUAAUUGAUUCAAACGUCGAUCUUUUUAUGUACUUAAUUAAAGGGAUUAGGGUUCGGUACAUGAAAAGAUCGACGUUUGAACUGGACCUUAUCAGUAAUUGUGUUAAAGUCAAUUUUUUGCCGUUGUUGAAAUAUUCAACUUUUUUUGCCAGAUAUUUUGGCUGGGAAUGACCACUAAUGAGCGCCUGAAUAUGACAAGAUACCAGCAUUUCAUGGACAAUCACGGAGUCGCACAAACCCCCUUCAGGUAAGUUUAACCUUGUUCCAGCGCAGACAAGGAAGGAAGGUGUUUUUGGUCAUGUUCAUACUAUUCCGGGUCGCUCUAUGUGCCAGAACAGAAAUACAGAUAUGGUACAGUAUGCCGUAUUUACUCGAAUAAGCGCCGCCCGUAUUAAGCGCUGCCUUUGGAACAAAAAUAAACGCCGCGGCCCCGAUACGAUCAAAGUCAAAAGGCGAAAAAUAAUUAUACUGUAGUUAAAACAAUUCUUUGUGGCGUCCAACUUUCAAAUAAACGCCACCGUCGAAUAAGCUCCGCAUUUGAGGUGUGAAAAAUUUAAUAAGCACUCAUAUGAGUUAAUACGGUACAUGCGUUGUUGACCAAGCGCGAGAUCAAAAUGGCUGAAUAUUGGCCAAGUUCUUUUUUGCGUUUUUAUGGACCGAGACGAAGUCGAGGUCGAUAAAAACUCAAAAAGGAACGUGUCCAAUAUCCAGCCACCUUGAUCGAACACGCUUGGUCAAUAAAGGAUUUAUUAAGUGGCCAAAAAGAGAACUUUCUUCUUGCGGGACCAAUGCGGGAAAUCCCGAGCGGGCAAGAUAGGCCCACCUUGCCCGCUCAGGUAGCCAAUCAGAACACAGUAUUCGCUUCAUCUUGCCCGCUCGUGGAUUCAGCCAUAUAAAUAAGCAGUCCUUCGAACUGGCCAAUCAAGUCGUUUAUAGACGAAAUCACGGCCACGAAACAAGAUGUUUCGAGCAUUAUAACUCCAUCUUUUACAGAGAAACUGGAAUAAUCUUUAAGAAGUCGUGUUCGAAGUUUUCAACAGGUUUCAUUGGUCCAACCAAGCUUUGUCCUUGACUUUCCUGUAUUUCUGCUGUGUUCUUUUACAGUUAUUUAACAAUUAUUCCUCGAGCCCGUAUGGGCUGUGAGUCAAUAGCCCAUGGGGCCAAAUGGGCUAUUGGCCAUGAGGGCGAGAAGAAUAAUUGUUUUAGUAAAAUCCAACUAGUUGGUCAAAAAUAUCGAGACAAAACAACUUUAGUUAGCAAAACGCGAUUAAUCCGCCAUUGUUUGGCUUUCAAAGCCGGCGCUUUUCGCUACUUGUAGGCUAUAACAUAUAGCCUAGUAGUAUCUCAACCAAUCAAAACGCAGCAUUGAUAAUAGACCAGUGGUUGGAUUUUACUAAAAACUGUUAUCGGAUUCUCGAUACUUCUUUUAAUUCUAAAAGCAGUUGGAAAGUGCUAAUCUACUAAGAAUAUCUCAGCUUUUAUUUUUAUUACCUUAUUUUGCAGUCGGGGUCUUCUUGGAAACAUUGCUGACUUUUUGAACGUGAGCCUUUGCGGCCUGGCAAGGCCUUUCCACGUGGACUGGUACCAUCAGUAUGAUACUAACUUGACCAGAAGCCAUAAAACAGUAUGACGUCAAUAAAUAUAUCAUUCUGGAGCAUGCAUAGCAUCUUGACGAGAAGCUGUAAAACAGCAUUACAUCGAUAUAUAUCGUUUUGAAACAUGCGUGAAUACUUGACAAGAAGCCACACGACAGUGUGAAAUCGACAUUCGUCACUGUAAAGUAUGCAUAGCAACUUGAGAAGAAGCUGUAAAACAGCAUUAGAUCGAUAUAUAUCGUUUUGAAACGUGCGUGAAUACUAUACAAGAAGCCAUACGACAGUGUGAAAUCGAUAUACGUCGCUGUGAAGUAUGCAUAACAAAUAGCAACUUGACAAGAAGCUAAAGGCAGUAUGACCCUUGAUGUGUUCCAUAGCAGCUCAUUCAGUAACUAUGCUGGCCCUCCCUGCCAGGGAAUAAGCACAGUCUCCUCGCUGACAGUAUAAAUAAUCGUUUGCCGCGGGCGGGGAAUUGUCAUCUUAAACUGCUUCCGAAAUGAGUAUGAUAUUUAUUGGAGUUGAUCAUUCCGGCAUUUUUUACCAAAUUAUACAACAAUCCGUAUCGUUCUCUCCAUUAUAGCUUUUUAGUGUGUAAGUAUGCAAACAAUUUCUGAAAGGUAGAUGUUGCGCUUCCUGUUCAUGGUAUCAACUCACGUUCUGGUCGCAACCAUUGGCCUGAAUAUGAAAGCCCUGCUCCGCUAGUAGGAGCCGCUGCAUGUGUUGAAUCGA